ACCUAUAUCCACGAAUUUUUAUAUAUAUCUUUGAGUAGAAUUUGUGAAAAACAAAGUUUAUUUAAAAUCUCUAGUCUCUCAACUCUUAUUUUAGCAAUGGUGCUAGAUUAUAUUCUCGUUUUUUUCGGGCUUCUAAUUUUGGCAAGUUAUCAUCUAUGGCUUCUCCUCUACAUCCUUCACCGCCCCACCAAGACCGUCAUAGGCAUCAACGCUAUUAACCGUCGAUUAUGGGUUCAGAUCAUGAUGGAGGACCCAAUAAAGAACGGAGUCCUAGCAGUCCAAACGCUAAGGAACAACAUCAUGGCAUCAACACUAAUGGCCUCAACAUCGAUCAUGCUCUGCUCUUUGAUUGCGGUUCUCAUGACAAAUUACACCAACAACGAAAAUAAAGGACUUGCCAGAGCAAACUACUUCUCCAUCCUCUUAUGUUUUCUUGUUUCCUUUCUCCUCAACAUUCAGUCGGUGAGGUACUACAGUCAUGCAAGCAUUUUGAUUAAUGUGCCACCCAAGUGCCAUGGGGAAAGGGGAAGAGCGUCGGAGUAUGUGGCGAGCAUGGUUAACAGAGGGAGUUUCUGCUGGUCGUUGGGGCUCAGAGCUUGUUACUUCUCGUUUCCUCUCUUCCUAUGGGUUUUGGGUGCGAUGGCUACAGUGGCUUCUUCUCUUGUUAUGGUUGUGGUGUUAUAUUUUCUUGACAUUUACUUGGAUUGGGGUGAACAAGGGGAGAUUGUUUAGAAGGUGUUGAUAAAUUUACAACUCAGAUUAUCAACUAUUUGUCAUAAGAUUUGUAGUAACAUACUUUGAAUGAUCUAAUAUGAGAUUAAGUAGUCUUA